UUGUUGCUGAUGUAUCUGCCACCACCACCAUGUCGCGCCGCAAGCAAGCGAAGCCCCAGCAUCUCAAGUCGGACGAGGAAGCAGUGGCAAUAGUUUCGCAAAAUUCAGCCCCAGGGGAAGGACCAGAUGAUGCUGAUAGUGGGAACGAAAGCAGAAGUGGAAGUGAGGAAACCCACAUCUGUGAGAAAUGCUGUGCAGAAUUCUUCAAAUGGUCUGACUUCAUGGAGCACCAGAAGAAUUGCACUAAGAAUCCACUAGUCUUAAUUGUGAACGACGAGGAGGCAGCACGCUCAGAAGACUUCCCUGAGCCUUCUCCUGCCAGUAGCCCAAGUGAUCAAGGAGAGAGUGAAGCUGCUGAGGAGAGCACUCAGUUGGAGGGAAAUGACAGCUCCGAGGUAAAGAGUACAGAACAAGACGAGCCGAUGGAGGUGGAUGCCUCCACUGACAAAGGUUACCAGAAUCAAGGGACCUCCAGUACUGCUACUUCGCUACCUCAGAUUCCCGAAUCAUCUUCCAUGACCAAUUAUAACAUGCCAAACACUAAUGUGACUUUAGAGACUUUGCAAAGUACAAAAGUGGCGGUAGCACAGUUCUCACAGGACACACGAUCUAACAGUCCUAGUUCAAAUAGUGGAGUAUCCACCAUUGCGAUCCCUAUGAUUCUAGAGCAGUUGAUGGCUCUGCAACAGCAGCAACUUCACCAGCUUCAACUAAUUGAACAAAUCCGAAACCAAGUAGCGAUGAUGAAUCCACAAACAUUGCACCCUUUAAAUCCAUCAGCAUCUUCCCAAGGUACACCUGUAUCUGCUGCUAGCCAGCAUGUUUCAUUCAGUGAUCAUUCUUCUAAACAGUUAACAGCCGUUAUUUCAGCCUCGGGAACAGGACAGGCAUCCAGUAUCCACCCUUCUGCCUUUGAUAGUUCACAGCAAAUCACACAGCCUGCUUCUGGGGCUAGCACUCCUGUUUUGCCCAGCAGUGUAUCUCCCAGAUCAGAAUCCAACUUGCCUCCAUCCACUAGCGGAGUUUCAUCUUCCCUGACUCCAAGUUCCAGUUCAAAUACAAGUAACACUUCCUCACAGUUACAGUAUUCAACUUCAUCACUUGGACAUGGUAAUCUUCUCAGCCCAGCUUCCAGCAUGCCUAAUCCACUGCUACCUCAGAACACAUCAAGUAGUGUGAUCUUCCAAAACCCACUGGUCAGCAUUGCUGCAACUACUAAUGCUCUAGAUCCACUGGCUGCCCUUAUGAAACAUCGCAAAGGAAAACCACCCAAUGUUUCUGUGUUUGAUCCCAAAACGAGCUCAGAAGAUCCAUUUUUCAAGCAUAAGUGUAGGUUUUGUGCUAAGGUCUUUGGAAGUGACAGUGCAUUACAGAUUCACCUCCGUUCCCAUACUGGAGAGAGACCAUUUAAGUGUAAUAUUUGUGGAAAUCGUUUUUCCACUAAAGGUAAUCUUAAAGUUCACUUUCAGAGGCAUAAAGAAAAAUACCCUCACAUCCAGAUGAACCCAUAUCCAGUCCCUGAAUACCUUGAUAAUGUACCUACCAGCACAGGCAUUCCAUAUGGGAUGUCCUUGCCACCAGAAAAACCAGUGACAACAUGGUUGGACACCAAGCCUGUGCUGUCAACCUUACCAACUUCAGUUGGAUUACAGUUGCCUCCAACUCUAUCAAGCAUUACCAGUCUGGCUGAGUCCCCAACUGUGACUCCUUUAAGCAGGUCACCCCAAAGACCAUCUCCUCCAUCAAGUGAAUGUGCUUCUUUGUCACCAAACAUGAACAAGAAUGAUUCCAGCAUUCCAAUAACUGCAGAAUCUCCACAGUCAAUUAAUGGCGGUAGUGUGGUCCCCAUUGUUCAAGGACUAAAUGUACCUACUUCAGGUUUCAAACCCACAGAAAGCUGUGCAACUGGACCGUCAGUUUCCUCUGCUCCAUGCUCUACCACACCUUCGACUGCUGCAGACAAUGGAGUGAACAGUAUUCCUACAACCCUCCCAAGCCCUCUGCUUCCCAUAAUAUCUGGUCAGUUUAAGGCAAAGUUCCCAUUUGGUGGCCUGUUAGACUCUAUGCAAACAUCUGAGACCUCAAAACUGCAACAGUUGGUGGAGAACAUUGAUAAAAAGAUGACCGACCCCAACCAGUGCAUUAUUUGUCACCGUGUACUAAGUUGCCAGAGUGCUCUGAAAAUGCAUUACCGCACACACACAGGUGAAAGGCCGUUUAAGUGCAAAAUCUGUGGGCGCGCUUUUACUACCAAGGGCAACUUAAAGACACAUUUCGGCGUUCACCGAGCAAAGCCACCUCUGCGAGUACAACAUUCUUGCCCCAUUUGCCAGAAGAAAUUUACAAAUGCUGUAGUUUUACAACAGCACAUUCGUAUGCAUAUGGGUGGACAGAUUCCAAAUACACCUUUACCGGAGGGCUUCUCAGACAGUAUGGACACAGACCUAACUUGUGAUGAAGUGAAUGCUGAACUAAUGAGCAAUUAUCCUGAUGAUGAACUGAUGGAUGAAAAUUCAAUGGAUGAGGAGGCAGAAUUAAACAUUACCACAACUGAGUCUUCAAAGCAAUUGUUAUGUUAUUCUGGUUCAUCACCAAACUCUCCUCCUUCAGUGAUUUCUAGCAUUGCUGCACUGGAGAAUCAGAUGAAGAUAAUAGACUGUGCUUUGAGCACACAGCAGCGAUCCAGCAUGAAAUCUGUUGAAAAUGGAUCCAUGGAAAGUGAUCGCUUAACUAAUGACUCCUCCUCCGCUGUGGGUGACUUAGAAAGUCAGAGUGCAGGUAGCCCAGCAAUGUCCGAGUGCUCUUCUUCAAUGCAGGCAUUGUCACCUGUGCAUAGUAAUGCUGAGAGUCAAAGGUCAAAGUCACCAGGCUUUGGCAACCAAGAAGAACCACAUGAGACAUCAGUGAAAUCAGAAAAAGCGGACAGUCCAUCAACUCAUCGGGAGAAUGGAGGUGCACUAGAUCUGACAGCCAACAACCUGGGUCGGCCGAUCAUCAAAGAAGAGGCUUUUAGUAUGCUGUUCCCCAACCAAGAAUGUGGUAAGUUGAAAAGUACUGUUUGUAGUAUCUGUGGCAAACCUUUUGCUUGUAAAAGUGCAUUGGAAAUUCACUACCGCAGCCAUACUAAAGAGCGUCCAUUUCUUUGCACAAUCUGCAAUCGUGGUUGCUCCACUAUGGGUAAUUUAAAACAGCACUUACUGACGCACAAGAUGAAAGAACUUCCUUCUCAGUUAUUUGAACCCAACUCCACUCUAGGUCCCACCCAAAGUACUCCUAGCCUGGUCACCAGCACCGCACCAACCGUGGUCAAAAUGGAAGUCAAUGGUCACAGCAAGCCGAUCUCCCUAGGUGAUGGUACGCAGGUUCCAGUUGGUAUACAGGCUCCAUCUGCACCACAGACAGCCAUGAGUCCAGGUAUGACACCCAUUCUGGCACCGCCACCUCGUCGGACACCCAAGCAGCAUAACUGUCCAUCCUGUGGGAAGACCUUUUCUUCUGCAAGUGCUCUUCAGAUCCAUGAGCGCACACACACUGGUGAAAAGCCAUUUGGCUGCACAAUCUGUGGCAGAGCUUUUACAACAAAAGGGAAUCUUAAGGUUCACAUGGGAACCCAUAUGUGGAAUAAUGCUCCAGCAAGAAGAGGGCGUCGUCUGUCAGUGGAGAACCCAAUGGCUUUACUAGGUGGUGAUGCUAUGAAGUUCUCAGAGAUCUUUCAAAAGGAUUUGGCAGCUCGGGCAAUGAAUGUUGACGCAACAUUCUGGAACCAGUACGCUGCUGCUAUCACGAAUGGUCUAGCUUUGAAAAAUAAUGAGAUUUCUGUUAUACAGAAUGGAGGCAUUCCUCAGCUCCCUGUUAGCUUGGGGAGCAGUGGUAUCCCAGCUUUAACUAAUGUGACCAGCGGAAUGGACAGGGUUCGCACAGGCAGCAGUCCGCCUGUCGCUGGGCUGGAGAAACCAAGCACAGAAGGAGGAGCAAAUCGGCCAUUCGCUAGAUUUAUUGAAGAUAACAAAGAAAUUGGCAUUAACUAA